CUCCAUUGCUAAACCCAUCACCCAACAAAGCAGUAACUAAUUCUAGCUAGCUCAGCUAGAGAAACAGCAAAUAAUUCAGCAAGAGGAAGAGCAGAAAUUAAUCCAAAGCCGAAUGGCCUCACCCUCUUCCUUGUGUCUCCUCGCUGCUCUCGCGUUGAUCUCAUGGCAGGCCAUGGCCUCUGAUCCUAGUCCUCUGCAGGACUUCUGCGUUGCCGAUAUGCACUCACCUGUGCGUGUCAAUGGAUUUGCUUGCUUGAACCCAAUGGAAGUGAAUGCAGACCAUUUUUUCAAGGCAGCCAAGCUUGACACCCCUAGAAAAACAAACAAGGUUGGGUCCAACGUCACCCUAAUCAACGUCAUGCAGAUUCCUGGUCUCAACACACUCGGCAUCUCAAUUGCGCGCAUUGACUAUGCACCCUUGGGACAGAACCCACCGCACACACAUCCCCGUGCCACUGAGAUCCUCACGGUGCUUGAGGGAACAUUAUAUGUCGGCUUCGUCACAUCUAACCCAAACAACACGUUAUUUUCCAAGGUACUCAACAAGGGUGAUGUGUUCGUGUUCCCUCAGGGGCUCAUCCACUUCCAAUUCAACCCUAACCCACAUCAGCCUGCUGUUGCAAUUGCUGCACUUAGCAGCCAAAACCCCGGUGCCAUUACCAUUGCAAAUGCAGUGUUUGGAUCAAAGCCACCAAUCUCGGAUGAAGUUUUAGCGAAGGCAUUUCAAGUUGAGAAGGGUACUAUAGACUGGCUCCAGGCUCAGUUCUGGGAGAACAACCACUACUAAUUAAAUUUGAAUAUUUAUUUGUAUACAAUGUAUUAGCUUUUGUGUUACAAUAUAUAAAAUAAAUUUGUAUUUCUGGACCAAUUAAUUACGUGGGCUUGCAAGCGUUCCAAAUU